UAUUUCUUGAAGAAAUGCACAGAAAAUUAUUCUAUCCCAUUUUCCCUUGCCAUUUUUAAGUAAUUUUGAAGUAUUUAUUUUUAUCUACUCUUAUUAAUUAUUAUUUAUAAAUUUCAGAUGGGAUCCAUGGAUAGGGCUCAUGAGUGUCGGUCUUUGUGCGGACUGCUACCUCAGCAUUGUGAAGAGCUGCUUUCUUUUUCUGUUCUUUAUCUUUUCUUUUUUUUUUUAGAGAUCAUCAAGAGAUUAUCAAGGGACAAUGAAGGACGACAAAAGAUCAUCGAGGGACGUCGAGGAAUAUUGAAGGACAUUGAGGGAUGUCAAGGGAGUCGAAAAACGUCUAUGGACGACGAGGGACAUUGAGGGAUGACGAAGGACAUUGAGGGACAUCGAGGGACAUUGAGGGAUAUCGAGGAACGUCAAGGGACGUCGAGGAACGUCGAGGGAUAGAUUCAUUUGCGGUCGGGUGAUUGAUUGAAUUUUUACAGGCGAAUAGAAGUUCUACGAUAAUGGAUUUUGUUUGAUUAUUCGAAAUCUUGAUUAGUUUUACAGUGGUGUACGUAGCUGACGAUAUUGCGACGGUCUUAUUAUCUAUAAGAGGGACUAACCAUCCUCCGUUAGCGUUGGGAGCCAGAAUUCUCGGUUAGCUCUGAUUAUCCCGGGUACGUUGAUUUUAGAGUAGAGUCACUAUUAUUUUAAUACUCGCGUAGGUGUCCGGGCGCGAUUAAAAGUUCUAUCAUAGAUUUCGUUAUAUUGUUCGAAAUUCGGGAUACACGAACGGUUCUACUUAAAAGUGGAGUAUAUGUAGCUGCUGAUGUUGCGACGGUCCUGUUACCCGUAAGUGGAGACUGACUCUUCUCUAGAUAGCAUUGGGAACCAAAGUUCUCGUUUAGCUCAUAUCACCUUGGAUUUCAACGUAAAGUCACCGUUAUUCUAACACUCAUGUAUGUUCGUGGAAAUGAUUAAAAGUCCUAUCGGACACUUCGUUUUAUUUGUUCGAACAUUCGAUUAGAUUACCUCGUGAAUGCGGAUUUUAGUGUAGUCCCAUUAAUCUGAGGAUUUUCACAUGUAGCAACUACCUCGUAGGGAGAUCUGGAUCGAUAUUGCAAUAUAUUGAAAUCUAAUUAUAUAUCAUAUAAUACAAGUACUAUCGAAUGGCUGCAUAUUUCAGUGUAUCUUCAAAAUCCCUUUAAUUCUGAUUAAACACUAAAGUACUAACAUUUUACAUUGCCAAUAAUAUUACUACAGACAAACAGAUAAGAUAUAGUUAAAUUCAAAGAUAAUUUCUUUAAAUUCGCAAAUUUAUAUAUUAAUUAUCAUAUAUGUUAAUUAUAUUUAUUUCUUAUUCUUUAUCGUGAAACAAAAGCGUACCAACGUCGUAUCUAACACGAAUCACUGCAAGACGCAUUCCUACCAUCAAAGAAAGAUAUACAUAUGAAAGACUGAAAAAUGUGAAUUCAUAUUCUACUAAACUACUUAUUCUAACUCACUAAACCAAUUGUUAUGUACACGUGAGAGAGGUAUAACAUAUAUAAGCUUUUAUUACGUUUGUAGUUCAUAUUUUGUCCAUACCUGUCGCUGAAGUCGCAUACAUUGCGAGCGAAAUAUCAUGAGCAGAAAACAAAUUGAUAUAACUAUUAAAAAGUACUUUAAAUUAAUCAAUUAUAUCAUGAUGUUUCAAUUACGUCACAAAGAGGAUAUUUAAAAAUCAUUUAUUAUUUAUUUUUAUCGUAUUAUUAAAACGCUUGUUAUUCUAAUAUGAUAAUAAUAUUAAAGAGGACUUAUAAAGAUAUAAAAAGAAAAAAUGAUGAAACAUUGUUUAAUUUAGUGCAGUUAAUUUAGUGUCAUUUGAGUAUAGGUUAAAUGCAGUAUGCAUUUGCGUUGCACAUUGUGCAAACGUUUGAGUAAUCCUUAUAAAAAAGUAAACAUAUACGAAUAAACAAUUAUGUUUAAGAUCGUUCGACGUUAUUAUGUACUCGUCAAAAGUUUGAAUCUAAUGUAGUUUAUUAUAAAUUGUUAUGUUUCAUCGAACAAUUUUUUUCUGAAUAAAAAUAUUUGAUAAAUAUUUUUUUUUUUUAAAUGUAUUUCUUAUUUUUUGUUUAAUUAAGAAUAAUAAUAACACCAUCGUUCUUUAUUUCGUUCUGCUUAUAAAUUGUUUUUAAAGAAAAAUACAAUUUCUUAUAAUUAAGUAUGGAAAUCAACCCGUUAAGUAUAAUUCUUGUAAAAAGUGACAGCAAGGGUGACAGACUUCUAUUUCGAUAUCCACAUAUGAUGAGUCAUGUGCGUGACUCAAAACAAUGCACAAAACGUAAAAAUCCGUAUUCCUUGACAACUACGGAAGAUUUAUUGCAGCAGUCUCUACCAUUUCCAACUUCUAACAUAAACAAUGGAAAUCUUACUGGCUUAAAGGAUGAAGUACUUUCAACAUUAUUUGCAGUUAAACCUGAAUUGUGUGAACAAAAAUUUGAAUUGAAAGUAAAUGAUGUUCGCUUCGUUGGACAUCCUACUUUAAUACCACAGCGUGGUUUUAAAGAAGUCAAUUCUUCUAUGCUCUUUAAUGUAGUGUUUGCUUUACAAGCUCAAGCAAGUCAUUCUGUAGUAAAAUGUUAUUAUGAUCUAAGCAGAAGAUUGGGCAUUGCAUUAAGGCACGAAGAAAAAAGAUGUGGUUUUUUGACAGAUGAAAUUAAGAUUAUGGUAUCAACUCAUGAUGAAAUUACUGCUAGAUCAGAGGGUGAAAGUGAUAGUGAUGAAUCUCCAUAUGAAUUGAUAUUGCAGAAAAGUUUACUUGCUCGUAAUUUAAAAACAGUUUUCAGUAGUAUCAGUACAUCUGGUAUAAUUAAUAUUAUGAUUAAUAAAUGGAUACAAGUGCGGUUUUGUCUUCCACAAAAAGUUCACCAAUCAUACAAGAAAGGUUUCUUCAUUAAUCCUGAGAUUAUUGAUAGAUGUUUAAACAGUUUAAGACCUUAUCAUGGACUGCUUUUGUUAAUUGAACCUUCAGACUUAUUAGAUUCAUUGCCAAUAGAUUCUUCUCCAGCAUUAAGACGUCUAAUUCAAAUGUAUAAUCCAUUAAAAAGUCUACAAACAUUAGCAGCUGAUUCAGAUCUAACAUUGACACAAGUAUUCCAACUGACUGGACAUUUAGUUUAUUGGGCUAAAGCUAGAAUAAUUUAUCCACUUUGUGAAAGUAAUGUUUAUGUUGUAUCACCAGAUGCUAUUUUAUCUAAUCAAUUAUUGGAAGCAUUUUCUGAACAAUUUUCUGGACUUUGUCUUCUACAAGUUAUUAGUGAUUUUUCCUUGCCAACAUCAAUUAGUCAAAAGUUAAAUCCUUUAAGUCAACCUCAGCAACAAACACAAUUAGUAAAAGUCAUUAUAUGGUUGCUCAAAAAUCAUCUACUUUUGCAAUUGCAUACAUAUGUUCAAUACAUGCCAACAGUACAUGGUCUUGUAUUACUGGACUCAAAAGAGCAAGCAACUUUUGAUGUAAAUCAUAUUGAUGAAACUGAAAAUUCUUGGGAUUUUGAUGAAACUAAUAAAGGAAUAAUUACCGAUGUAAAAGAAGAGCUAUCUCAUACUUUACAUAAAAAAGAAGUGUUCUAUAAUUAUCCAUCAGAAAGUUAUGAUAUUCCGUCUGAUGACAGAAAGUUACUCGAUAAAUUGUGUCGGCUUGGAUAUUUUAAUGGUGGACAUCAUCUAGAAGAAAUAAUGUAUUUAGAAAAUAUUAGAAGAUCUCAAUUAUUGCAAAUAUUAGAUAAAUUUAGAGAUAUACUAAUAACACGUGAAUGUGAAGAUCCUGCAAUAGAUAUGUUUCAUACUCAGUUAGGAUCUUAGUGAUACUAUUUUGUAUGAUAGUAAAGUAAGAAUAAUUACAAUUAAACAGUAUUAAAUUCUUCUA